GGAGGACACACUGGUCGUUCGCACUGCCAGUCGUUGCCCGUUCACAACGGCCGCGUUGUUCUGUUCAUCUCUGUUGAUCAGGAUCCGUCUCGCCUGACAUUAUCAUCAAAAAGCUCUGCUACAAUUCGAGGCGGUAUCAGACCUUGACAAGCGGUGCGGUUCAAGUGUAAUCAUCCAGCGACACCUAUCAGGACACGGUACUCUGCGAAUCUCAUAGUUCAGUCAUGAGCAGUGGUCAAACUUACGGGAAAGAACUGCCGGAUCAGGUGGACCGAUUGGUCGCUCUGACCGAUGUCCAACUUGAGCUACUUGCCGAUGUACGUGAGAUGCACAAGGAACGUGCCGCUCUUGAGCGUGAAUAUGCAACGAAGCUUCAAGCCCUCGCUCGCAAGGCUGCGGACAAGAAGAGCAAGAAGGAUGCUGCUCUUGUGGUUGGCGCUGAGCCGACCAAGGCUUGGGGAGAUGACGCGCUGCAGCGAAGCACUCUCCACAACGCUUAUGCACAGCUGAUCUCGUCCAUGAUGGAUACUGCGCAAGCGCAUAUCAGCCUUGCGGACUCACUCAACGCCCAAGUCAUAGAGGCUCUGAAAGUGACAGAGAAGCGGCAGGAAGAAGCUAAGAAGAAACAGGAGCAACACUUCGCCAAACUCCUGUCCGAGAGGGAUCGUGUGUAUGGCGAUCGAAACAAGAGCAAGCAGAAGUACGAUGACGAAUGUGCUGAGGUGGAGAGCUACCGCCAGAAGCAGGGACGCGCCGAUGAUCGGCAUGCCGAACGUGCCGCAAAACAGUUCGAAUCUCAACAAGUCGACAUGCAGAACAACAAGAAUGUGUACCUCAUCUCGAUCGCGACAUCCAACAAAAUCAAGGAUAGAUUCUACGACGAGGAUCUACCCAGCCUCGAGGAUCAAUUCCAAACCUUACAGGCGCAGCUGCUCGAGAGAUUUGUCGUCAUCAUGGUACAAGCACAACUACUGCAGAAGGGACAUCUGGAUACUCUGCGCACACACAUAGAAGGGGUGGAGGGUAGGUUGGCGGCCGUUAACCCUCAGGCUGAUCAAGAGCUCUUCAUCGAGCAUAACAUUCGUCCGUUCACAAAGCCUGGAGAUUGGGUCUUUGAGCCAUGUGCUGUUCACUACGAUACCGGAGACAUGGUCGUCGAGCCUGCACCUAAAGUAUACCUGCAGAACAGACUGGCGAAGUGCAGGAGCAAGCUAGACGAGCUGCGACCAGUCAUCAAUACCAAACGAAAGGAGAUGGAGUCAUUCGCUAGAAUGAUGGCUAACAACGUGGGGAUCGACAAGGCUGCGAACCGAGAAGAAGCCACAGAUAGCUACCUUGAAGCACAUCACCAGCUCACGUUCUAUCUGUCAUCAGAGUACAUGCUACUCGCAGAAAUGGAUGUCAUAUCAGAGGCACUGAGCGGUGAUGAGGGCGAACAGAAACCGCACACGUUCAAGAGUACGUCCUUCUCCAUACCAACACAGUGCGCAUACUGCAAGUCUUCUAUUUGGGGUCUGAGUAAACAAGGAAAGACGUGCAAGGCAUGCGGUAUCUCGGUCCAUGCGAAGUGCGAGUUGAAGGUCCCUGCUGAUUGUCCGGGGUCUCGAGGCGUUGCGCGCUCUGCCUCUAGCGCCGGGUCUACCAUGUCACGCUCGUCUACGAUAUCGAAGAGCAGCAGUCAAAGUGCAACCCCAUCUCCGUCUUCCUUCGCGCCCAGAGACUCGGUUAUCCAUGAGGCACUUCCGAGCGCGCAGGUCUUCUACGAUUUCACACCCACCUCUCCCUUCGAGCUUGCUGUGACAGCCGGAAGUAACGUUCAAGUUCUGGAGGAAGACGACGGGUCCGGCUGGGUGAAGGUUGCUGACGAAUUCGGGGGCAAAGGGCUUGUCCCAGCGUCGUACGUACAAGUGGUCGAGGCGGCGAGCUCAGCGCCACGGCCUCCACCAGUGCCUUCUGCAACUACUCGCCCGCGGGGCGGAGGCCAAUUCGUGCGGGGCGUCUACGCGUACCAAGCGCAAGGCCCGGACGAGCUGAACGUACAGGAGGGCGCUCUGAUCGAGCUAACCGGGGGUCCGAGAGGAGGCAUGAACUACGCAGACGGCUGGUGGGAGGGCGUGGACUCCACCGGGAGCAAAGGUAUCUUCCCAAGUAACUACGUUGAACUCGCCCAAUGAGACGAUUGCUCCUCCGUAUGGUAGCUGUCGACCUAGACUUCGGUUCGCUAGGUGUAUAAUAAAUGAACGAAUCGAAUGCAACGGGCGGUCCGUUGUAUGUCCCAUA